AGAUCGAGUCUAAAGGGCGCGUUCCUAACGCUGGGGGUAUAAAUAACGCUCGCUCGCUCCCUGAUCGACAGUUGCACUUCGUCUGCCUUCUCGUCGUCAGCACUCUUUUUGAAAAUCCAUCAAUCAUGAAAUUCUUGGUCGCAAUUACUGUUCUCUUCGUCAUCCAAGGAUGCCUGGCCAAGCCCAAGGCACGUCCUGAUGCCCCUGCUGGCAAAGACUCUCUCCAGGAGUUGGCUGAUAACGCCCAGAAGCUCGCCAAACAGGUGACUGACAACCUUGGAAUCUCUGACCUGGACACCAAGAAGGUUGGCGACACCAUCAACGAAAACACCAACAAGUUCCUUGAAAGUCUCCAGAGCUUCAUUACCAAAGUUAAAGCCGAAGGUUCCGCUCAUGAAGGCGAAGUCAAGGACACCUUCAAGAAGAUUGAGACCAAGCUUGCUGAGACCGCCGCUGAUCUUAACAAGAACCUUUCUCCUGAUGUGAAGAACAAGGCUGAUGAGAUGAAGGCCAACUUCAACAAAGCUUUCAAGGAUGCUGCGGAUCAGGUCAACCAAUUGGUGAAGGAUCCCAAGGUCAAGGACGCUCAGAAUGACAUCAAGAAAUUCUCCGAGGACUUCCUGAACCAGUUCAUUGAAAUCGGCAAGAAGGUAGAAUCGCAGGUGAAGACCAUUGUAGAGGAUCACGAGAAGACACACAAGCAUUAAACCUUCUUUAAAAUUUAUUUACCAACGUAAAUAAGCAAUCAGCGUUAUUCUAUACGCAAAGUUUGUGCAAAAUUAUUAUUAGAUAAGUGAAGCAUUUGUGAACGCGACUACGGAGUAAAGAGAAUGAUAAUAAAUUAGUUAUAGUAAAAGAAA